AUGCCUGUCUUUGGAUUGAACGUCUUGAACUUGAUGACGGCUUUUGGCGGUUUAGUGGUCGAUUUCGACCCCGAUUUCGAAUGCGUGUACGUGAUAGACACAGUGGUAUCGUCGGGACUGGCCUUGAGCAGGUCCAGCGACUUCUGGAUGAACCAGUCGCUCUGUUUGAUCAGCGUCAUGUCGAAAUUUUCAGACAGAUUUUACCUGGAAAAAAAAGCACCUUACGUAAGAGUCGUUAUGUAG